AGGACAGGGAACUCGGGGAACGUCCGCAGAGAAACCCUAGAAUUUUGUAAUCCAUGGCGGAGACGUCCGUGCAGGGCGCCAGGUGCAAAUCCUCCGGCGACCGGCCGAACCGCGGCUUACAAAACCGACCUCCUCCUCUGAGCCCCCCUAGGGAUCACAUCAGCGCCUUGCCGGACGCCGUGAUCCACCACAUCUUCUCGUUUCUGACCAUCCGAGACGUCGUCAAGACCAGCGUCCUCUCCAAGCGCUGGCGGUCCACUUGGACCACCACCGCCGACCUUGUCUUCAUUGGAUAUAGUGAACACCGGCGUCUCAGAACCUUGGACUUCUCGUCUCUCGUCGACAGCGUCCUGAGCCAGUGCAGCACCUCCCCACCCACGGUCACGGUGAGGAGGUUUCACGUCAUCGGCUUCGUGUGCGACGAGGACGACUGCCCCAAGGUCGACCUCUGGCUCCACUUCGCGGUGCGGCGCCGCGUAGAGCAUCUCCGCUUGUGGCUGAGUGAGCAGACGAUGGGUGUUUAUACACUGCCGGGGAUCUUGUAUGGCUUGAGCUGGUUGGUGCGCCUGGAUGUCGCUGGGUGCUGUUUCUCGUUGGGCGCGACUGUUAGCUGGCCUUGUCUAAAGGUCUUGUCCAUCGAUUAUGCGGAGCUGAGUGAUGAUUUCCUCGGGCGAAUCUUCAGGGGAAGUCCUGUUUUGGAGUCCCUCAAGUUGCGCGGGUGCUGGGGCGUGAGGAACGUUACGAUAGAUUCAUUAAGCUUGAAAAAGUUGGUACUCAAGGGCCGCGGCACUUCUUAUAACUCUUGCGUGGAGAAUCUUCGGGCCCCGAAUUUGCUCUCGCUGCGUGUAUUGCAAGGGACUCAUGCUGACUUCAGACUUGACCAUGUGUCUUCUUUGGUGGAAGCCAAGUUAGAUCUUUACGUUGAAACUGAUGAUGGGUUGUCUUGCUCCGCGGGCCGCGACUUGUUGAAGGAACUUCUUGAGAAGCUGCGCAACGUUCCUACAAUCACCAUCGGCGGUUGGUGUUUGAAGGUUCUGUCCCUUUUGGAGAUGGAUGGAGUGCCAUCGCCACUGUCAAAACAUCAGAAUCUGAUACUACAUGCACCGGUUAGUCAAUCGGACCUUCCCGGGAUAGCUUACAUGCUACAAAGUUCACAAUGCUUGGAAAAAUUAGUCAUACGCCUGAUUCGCUUCCCCAAGUUUGUGCUUGAUGAAGAAUCUAAAGCACGUUAUACCUUUGACGAAGAUUUUUUGUGCUCACGGAAGGGGAGCUUUGAAUGUUUGGCAAAACAUCUCAAGAGAGUUGAGAUCAUUGGCUGUGAAGAUAGUUUGGGGUGGAAACAUGUGCUCGCCUUGAUUAAGUUUCUUCUGGGGGAUGCACUUGUGCUGGAGAAGUUGAUUAUCAAGGCUGAAUUGUUCCCACAAUAUAUACCAAAACAUCUUCAAGCCGUUGUUCUGUCGAAACUCCUUGGUGUUUUCCGAAAUGUGCUUAGCUAUCGAAGAGCUUCCAAAAUUGCUGAGGUUAUCUUCGAUUAUCCUUUUGAAUUGGUGUCCUCAUAAAAGCAUAUGAAAGUCCGGGUUUCUCGUUGAUCGCAUGGCAAGCAUAUGUUGCCCUGGGCACUACACUGCUCAUUAGUAUUCACUCUCUUUUGACAGUAAUGUUACACGAACUAUGACAGUAUUAGGAUUUUUACAUGUACCUAAUUUAAACUUCUUUCGAGUUUAGUUCAUCUAUAAAUUUGAACCUCUUAAGGAAAGAGGUUAAUGGUAGUGCUUUGGAGGAUGGACAUAUG